AAUUAAAAAGUUUAAACGCCCAAACCAAAACCCUCUCGCGAAGCUUGACGGCGGGAGAAAAAAUGAAAAUGGCGGGAAUGUUAUUGCACUACAGAAAUCUAUAGAUAGGAAAACCAUUUUUUCUUCGUUUCAUAAUCAUUGAUUACUUACACUGGAGUCAUCGCAUUUCUCUAUUACAGAUUCUUUCUUCUCUCCAUAGAAAUGGCGAAGAAGAAGAAAUCUAGGGUUUCUGAAGAAGACAAAGAAGAACACCAAACCCAAGAGGAUGCCAACCAAUGUUCGACUAAACAGAAGAGCUUGUAUGAGAUUCUCGGAGUGGAGAGUACAGCAUCUCAACAGGAAAUAAAGAAAGCAUACUACAAAUUGGCAUUGCGUCUUCAUCCAGAUAAGAAUCCUGAUGAUGAGGAAGCCAAAGAGAAAUUUCAACAACUCCAGAAAGUGAUGUCAAUUCUUGGAGAUGAAGAGAAAAGAUCUCUUUAUGAUCAGACUGGUUGUGUUGAUGAUGCUGACCUUGUUGGGGACGUUGCUCAAAAUUUACAGGAGUAUUUCAGAACAAUGUACAAUGAGGUCACUGAGGCUGACAUUGAAGAGUUUGAAGCGAACUACAGAGGAUCGGAUUCAGAGGUGAAGGAUUUGAAGGAUCUCUAUCAGAAGUACAAGGGAAAGAUGAACAGGCUUUUCUGUUCAAUGCUCUGUUCGGAUCCUAUGCUGGAUUCACAUCGAUUCAAGGAUAUUCUUGAUGCUGCAAUAGCAGCUGAAGAGCUGAAGGAAACCAAAGCCUAUCGCAGGUGGGCACAGAAAAUUUCUGAAACACCACCACCUACUAAUCCUCUUAAACGGAGGAGGGAAAACAGAUCAAAAAAAGAGUCAGGUGCAGAUCUAUUGGCUGUCAUUACUCAGCGGCGAAGCCAGAGGAAAGAACAGUUUGAUUCUAUGUUCUCUUCAUUGGUGGCAAGAUACAAUGGGGGUCCGUCAAAUCCUGAACCCACUGAAGAAGAAUUUGAAGCUGCACGGGAAAGGGUUGAAAGCCGCAAGUCAAAAAAGAAGGCAAGACGCUAGUGAAGAACCAGUAACAGUGUGUAGUAGCACCUUACGCGCUGGAGAGAUGUAAAAUCUGUUGUUGUCUUGAAAAACUACCCAUGGUUUGAUUUAUCCAUGUGACACCAUGGGCAAGCAUUUUUGUUUUUGUGCUUUCUUUUUACAUAGAUGCCUUGAUUAUAGUUCAUUAUCCUAUAA